GGACGGGGAGGGUUGGGGUGUGGGGUGCUCGUUCCAGGCUGUGCUUCCUAGCUGGGACAACCGUGUCCCUCUGGAAUGCCAGACGCAAUUCUGCAACCUGGGGACAAGACAUCAGGCACAAAGGAGGUGCCAGGGGUUAAGAACCCUUGCAGGUGCUGGCACACAGUAGGUGUUUGGGGAAGGAGUUCCCCACCUCUCCUCAGCCUCUCCCCCCACCCCCACCUCGGCUCUGGAUGUAGGGAGUGAGGGGGUCCGGUGGGGGGGGGUCCUCAGGGAGACAGGGUGCUGGGAUGCCUGGGACCCUGAGGCCCCUUCCCCGGCAGGCCCUGAAUCCAGAGAAGGGGGCCCCACCCCCCACUUCCGGCCACACCGGCCACACCUUGCCCUGGGGUAUCCUGGGCAGGCCACUUCCUCCUCUCGGCGGGGGGGGGGGGGGGGUGGCACCCCAGAACCUACUGGAGAGAGGCGAGGACAGACCCACAAGGAUGGACAGGUUCUGGAUGACCACUGGCCGGGUCUCCCUUCUGGAAGCUCUGGUCCCAUGCCUGGUUCAGGCACAGCCCUUGGCCCAGAGGAAGCCGUGGCUGGUGGGGCUGGGGGCCGCGCUGGCCGCCCUCUUCCUCACCUUCGUCUUCGCCGUGGUCUACGCCGUCUGGUGCAGAGAGCCCCGCGACAGCAACAAAGAGGAGGACGUGGGGGGUGUGAGAAAGGAGGAGGAAGAAGCAGAGGGUGACCAGGGGCUGGAGCUGGAGGAGAGAGAGGUGCCUCCAAACCAUGAAGGAGUGGCGAGCUCCUCCAAAUGAAGCUUCCUCGCCUGCCUCCUCCAGGCAGGCCUCCAGGGCUGCCCCAGUGCCCGCUCUGCACUCUGCAAGCAAAGUCCUGGUCCUGGGGCCAGGGGAAUUAUCCCAUGGGGGGUUCGGGGUGAAGGGUCCCUGAAUGAGGAGCGCUCAGGACCCACCCCAAGUCCCUCUGGGAGGCUUCUUUGCGUUUACCUGGGUGUUUCUGCGUCCCCUUCCCCAGCACAUCCUGCCCCAGCCCCCUUUUUCACCGGCAAGAGGGACGUGGGGCAGAAACCGUGCAGUUGGCUCUCCGGUGUUUGCAGGGCCCAGGCCCGGUCCAGUCCUCCUGCAAUCUCGCUUCUGCUGCUUCUGGGCAAGAACUUCGAGCCGAUGCGGAGCGCAGGGCGGUUUCCUGGGAGCCGAGCGCCCCUCCCACCGUGUGCCGAGUUUCUGGUCACUGUCCCCCCCC